AUGGCCUUUCCUGCAGGAUUUGGCUGGGGAGCUGCCACCUCAGCUUACCAAGUAGAAGGAGGCUGGGAUGCAGAUGGAAAAGGCCCUUGUGUCUGGGACACGUUCACCCAUCAGGGAGGAGAGAGAGUGUUCAAGAACCAGACUGGUGAUGUAGCUUGUGGCAGCUACACUCUGUGGGAGGAAGAUUUGAAAUGUAUCAAACAGCUUGGAUUGACUCAUUACCGCUUCUCUCUUUCCUGGUCACGUCUGUUACCUGAUGGGACGACAGGUUUCAUCAACCAGAAAGGCAUUGAUUAUUACAACAAAAUCAUUGACGACUUGUUAAUAAAUGGGAUUACCCCCAUUGUGACCCUUUACCACUUUGACUUGCCCCAGGCUUUAGAAGAUCAAGGAGGUUGGUUGUCAGAAGCCAUCAUUGAGUCUUUCGAUAAAUAUGCCCAGCUUUGCUUCAGUACCUUUGGGGAUCGGGUCAAGCAGUGGAUCACCAUAAACGAGCCCAAUCUGUUUGCUCUCUUAGCAUAUGAUUUUGGUGUAUUUCCUCCAGGUGUGCCUCACAUUGGGACUGGAGGUUAUCAGGCAGCUCAUAAUUUGAUCAAGGCACAUGCCCGAUCCUGGCACAGCUAUGAUUCCUUAUUCCGAAAAGAGCAGAAGGGUAUGGUGUCAUUAGCAUUUUUUUGUGGCUGGGUGGAACCAGCAGACCCCAACUCAGUGGCUGAUCAGGAAGCUGCUCAAAGAGCCAUGGCCUUCCAGUUGGGUUUCUUUGCUAAACCCAUAUUUAUUGAUGGAGAUUAUCCUGAUGUUGUCAAGUCCCAGGUUGCCUCCAUGAGUAAAAAGCAAGGCUAUCCAUCGUCCAGACUCCCAGAAUUUACAGAAGAAGAGAAGAGGAUCAUCAAAGGCACUGCUGAUUUCUUUGCUGUGCAGUAUUACACAGCUCGUUUAAUUAAGCACAAAGAGAACAAGAAAAGAGAACUGGGUGUUCUUCAGGACAUGGAGAUUGAAAUGUUCCCAGAUUCAUCUUGGGAAGUUACAGACAAGGUCUACGUGGUGCCAUGGGGGAUACGUAAACUUCUGAAACAUAUUAUGGAUACGUAUAAUAACCCUGUAAUUUACAUCACCGAGAAUGGGUUUCCCCAGGGUGACCCUGCACCUCUUGAUGACACUCAGCGCUGGGAGUAUUUCAGGCAGACAUUUCAGGAACUGUUCAAAGCUAUCCAACUCGACAAAGUCAAUCUGAAACUGUAUUGCAUGUGGUCGCUUCUGGAUAACUUCGAGUGGAACCAGGGCUAUAGCAGCCGGUUUGGUCUCUUCCACAUUGACUUUGAAGAUCCAGCUAGACCACGAGUCCCUUACACCUCAGCCAAGGAGUAUGCCAAGAUCAUCCGAAACAAUGGCCUUGAAGGAAAUCUGUAGAAAGGGGCCUGGAAACGUCCCCAGGAGAAGGGCCUCUGUUCUUGUAAAGAACAUUUGUUUUUGGAUUCACCACACAACCUCAAGUUGCCUUUGUAAUCAACAGUUCUUACCAGCUGAUCUGUAAUUAUGAUCUGAAUAUGUAAUGCUGGGGGAAAUGUUUAAUGAUGGUCUUUAAUCUAUUUGUAUUUGGAUCAAUGAGGCUUUAAAAAUAAUAGAACAGAAA